AUGGACGACAUAGAAAUGGAGGCAAAAAGACGUCGCACUAUGGGCCAUCUCAACGAGGCGGCUAUUUCUGCUCACGAGGCUGAAAAAGGAAACAUACCACAGAAUAUACAGCUUCCAAGAACUGAACAUGUUACGGCGGUGCAUCAAGAAGCAUGCAUAGCAGACAUGCAAUCAUACAAACCCUCCGAAGAAUCUGAAACGCCUCUGGGUAGCCUGGACAGGACUAAAGUGUCACUAGGCGACUCUGAACAGUCUACGGAUUCCGAAAGAUUUAUACGCAAAAUGAAUAAGCAAGACGCGCAAAUUUGUUCGUGGUUAGAGGAGUCUGAUUUAGAAGAGACCGGUGCACAAUGUUUCGACGAAAGUAUGUCUGAAAGCGAUCGGGACAGUGAAAAUUUGGAACAUAAUAGUGAUACCGAACAGUCAGGAGAUGAAAUGAUGUCAUCGGAGACAUGUUUCCAUCGACUCAAUUUAGUCGAUCAUCGGCCAUCGACUAGUUUCAAUCAAUUGACAACGAUUCCUAGGAGUCGCAGCCGUUCUCCUGUCACCUCCCGGAGACCAUCUCGCAGUGCACGUCAACAUCGUGAACGUUUGUCGUUUAGAUCUUCAUCAACAUCUUCAAAUUCAUCGAGCGAUGAACUUUUGGCUCACAUACGAGUAAGACCAAUUCGAACAUUUCAAACUGAGAGAAAUUUCAUUGAACCUACUACAAAUCGUCCUCCAAGAGUGCCUGUGUACAAAGGUAAAGAUGGAACAAAAUGGUUAAAAAGUCCUCCUUCAAGACCUUUCAUACGAACAAGAGCUGAAAAUAUAGUUACGAAUCCUCCUGGAGUGCGUGGAGAAAAUGCUAAAAAUUCAAAGACGCCAUUAGAUUGCUUCCGCCUUUUCAUUACUCAACAAAUGCUAGAAGGUAUAGUUUCUUUUACUAACAUCCGCAUACGUGCUAACCAGCACAAGUUUUUACGAGAAAGAGAUACUAAAGAAACUGAUAUAUUAGAAAUAGAAGCUUUGAUAGGUCUUCUUUUGAUGGCAGGCUUGAAAAAAAUGCAUCAUGUGAAUAUUCACGAAAUGUGGAAUGAUGAUGAGGCUGAAAAAGGAAACAUACCACAGAAUAUACAGCUUCCAAGAACUGAACAUGUUACGGCAGUGCAUCAAGAAGCAUGCAUAGCAGACGUGCAAUCAUACAAACCCUCCGAAGAAUCUGAAACGCCUCUGGGUAGCCUGGACAGGACUAAAGUGUCACUAGGCGACUCUGAACAGUCUACGGAUUCCGAAAGAUUUAUACGGUGA